GCAAACCGGAAGUUGACUGAAAUGAGGAAGAGGGGUGCAAAGAUCCGCCGAGUAAAACGUCAGGCUUUCAUCUAAAUCACUUUUCAUCUCAAAUCGGUGUCAGUCGGUCUCUUUCGUCGCCGAUAGAAAACAGGUAUAUUCGUCUUUGUGACUCACUGUAGAAGGAAACCCGCUCAUUUAAAAGCGUACGGUUAGUUUGUCCGUUAGCCACGAGAAGCUAACGGAAGCUAACAGUAAAACUUGUCCGAAUUCACGCUGUGGAGGAAACUCGGGAUUAAAAUCCAGGAGGGUUCAUCCUGUUAACCGGCAGCAGCAGUUUGAAGAGCAGAACCCUUCCAAGUUUCAGCCCACCGACGCCUCUACAAAAAAAAAAUAUGGCCGGAGUCAACAGUAUUGAAGCUGUGAAGCGAAAAAUCAAAGUUCUGCAGCAGCAGGCGGACGAAGCCGAGGAGAGGGCGGAGGUGCUCCAGAGACAGGUGGAGCAGGAGAAACGGACCAGAGAACAGGCUGAGACAGAGGUUGCGUCUCUGGGUCGGCGUGUCCAGCUGGUGGAGGAGGAGUUGGACCGAGCCCAAGAGAGACUGGCCACUGCCCUGCACAAACUGGAGGAAGCUGAGAAGUCUGCUGACGAGAGUGAGAGGGGAAUGAAGGUGAUAGAGAAUCGAGCUCUGAAGGAUGAGGAGAAAAUGGAGUUGCAGGAGGUGCAGCUGAAGGAAGCCAAGCACAUCGCAGAGGAGGCAGACCGCAAAUAUGAAGAGGUGGCUCGUAAGCUGGUGAUGAUAGAGGGUGACCUGGAGCGUGCUGAAGAGAGGGCAGAAGUAGCUGAGAUUAAGGUUCGGCAAUUGGAGGACCAGCUUAGGAGUGUUGACCAAUCACUGAAAAGCCUGCAGGCCUCUGAGGAUAAGUACUCCCAAAAAGAAGACAGGUAUGAGGAGGAGAUCAAGAACCUCUCUGACAAACUGAAGGAGGCGGAGAACAGGGCAGAGUUUUCUGAAAGAACAGUGGCCAAACUGGAGAAGACCAUUGAUGAGCUGGAGGAUGCCCUUGCCACAGCCAAGGAUGACAAUGUCCGUCUGCACGCCACCCUCAACCAGACGCUGGAAGAACUGAACUCCUGCUGAGCCUCCCUGUUUCUCCUACUAGCUAUUAUGUACAACUCUGAUAGCUGUCUUGCCCCUCCUCUCCCUUCUUUCUCCUUCUUUUCUGCCUCAACUCUGUCUUUUUCUCACUUCCUUUCCUUUCUCACCUCUGCUCAGUUCUGGCUCUCUGUCUCUCGGGGCUGUCUGCCAAGGUGGGGGUGGAGGGUUUGAGUGGGGGGCAAGUCAAACCUGUCUCUCUGUACACCCCCCCCACACAUGCCUAAAAGAGGCGAAUCACAUUCCUGUUUACCGCCAUUCCUUCUCAAAGUGAACAAAUAAUUUGAGUGUUGCUUUAACUCCCUCUUGCCUGUCUGGCCUUAAACAGUCUGAGGCGUCUGUUAUUUGGGGACAGGGACAGGUGUUUGAGCUUCUGAGCUCCUCUAAACUCGCGUGUCUCCUUUAACUUUCCAGUCAGAUAACAAAUCAGAAGACCGACUGUUUAUCUUUAUUCCCCGUCUGCACUGUUUAACUUUGAUGUUCAAGAAUUUAACAUCUCUUAUCUACUGACUGUAUUUCCAACGGUUUGACUCUUAUAUUCCUUUUGUUUCAAAUUAAGAACCAUUGUUUUCUUGGCUUAUAUAUUCAGAUAUUUGACCAAUUAUAGCCCAUGUCCUUUUUGUUAGCCAAUGAUUUUGUUCCAUGUGGGGUGGGCUGUCAGGGAGGGGAGUGAUCAGCCAAUCCCAACGCAUUCCACUGCCAUAAUGGGAGCCUAGGGGCCAUUUAAAGCCCACAAGGAGAAGGGAAACACGCCUCUUAUCAGAAUAAAUGAGUUGAAAUUUAUUAUUUUUUUGCAUAUGAAGUGAACAUUGAAACAUGAAAAAGUUAGUUUAAACAUCCAAAUGUUUUUAACCAGAAGAUUUCUCUGGAGUCAGUGUUGCCAUCAAUGAUAUUGUGAUGAUCUCAUUGUAAUUAAUCAUGAAAAAUCACGAGAAUUUUUUAAAUAAAAGGACAAUGAUUGGUAUUAACAUUCCAA